GGCUCGGCAACUGGCUGCCCGAACAGGGACGGACACCAGCGGGUCCAGUCCUUGACCGUCUCCUGGAGAUUGCCUGCUCUGUGACCAGCCUUCUCCAGGAUUGCAAGUGGCGUUCGGGACCAGUUUCCUGGGACAGUCGCCCUUUCAGUUCGGAAGGCUUCUGUCUCCUGGGUUCUGCUGAUAACCGACGGACCUUCGAGCUGCGCGGCAGCAGCAACGCCCUCGGACCAGCAGAAGUUCCACCAGACCCCUCUUCGAUGUCCCCGUUUUAUGCCUGUGUCCUUCAGAGUCCCCCAUGAUUUAAGGUAUAUUGCUAAGGCACUGUUUGCUCCCACCGAAUGCGACCUCUGGGAGAUUCAUUGGAAAAAACUGUUGAAACCACUCCUGCGCAAGUAUGAUCUCGCAGAGGUGGUGGGAGAGGGGGAUGAGGCAAUGGAAGCCCUUGCUGGAGAAGGGGAGUUCAGCAGUCCGGAGGACCAAAUUCUACUAGCACAGGAGCUGCUUCAGGACAUAGCAGCAGCGGGAAAGGAGGCACUCCUGAAGAUACCGGAUGCGACAAGGGUACCAGCCAGCGGGAAACUGGCGGCGAAGCGCGAGGAAGGGCCGCGCGACGACACCAAGUGGCCCUUCUCAGCAUCCCAGCCUCCCGACCAUCAGGGAGGACGAGUGGCCGCGCGGCCAAGUCCAGCAGUUCAGCGCAGCCACGAGGACGGACUCCGCCUCUUCCGCCGGACAGGUACCCUAAAUCAGGGCAAUCAUCAGGUCCUCCGCAGCAGCGUCACCAUCUCUCUCCAGGAUGAGGACCUGACGAGAAUUCCUGCUGGGUUCCUGGGCCCCCUCCACGACUGUCGGGACACCACCGUGCUCAUCUUAGAAGACUCCUUCAACACGCCAAAUGAAAUCACCAUCUUACCUGAGGUAGUGUGUUUUCCACCAGGAGAGGAGAUCACCGUCUCCGUCAUUUGUAACCACCCACCAUUUACUUUAAGGAAAGGCGAUCCUUUUGCUUUGCUUUACGUACUGGACACCCACGAUGACCCGGACACAGAGAGACAUGUUUUCUUCACCCAAAAUGUAUGUAAAGAAAGACCAUUAAUUGAUGCCAAACUUUCUUUCCAGGGAAAGUCGGUGCAGAUGCGGCUCAUGGCAGACACAGGAGCUGACGUGACCAUCAUCCCCCAGGUGAGGUGGCCCAGCGACUGGGAGCUUGUGCCCCCUUGCGGCAGGAUCUCCGGUGUGGGCGGAGCGGUCCACUCUCUGAGGAGUAGGCAUCUUGUGUGCGUGGAAGGUCCGGAAGGACAAUUGGCAACGACUUUUGUAGCGCAGAUUUUAUCACCUGUGCGUCGGCUUUUCCCUGAGGCCAUCAUCCUGCAUGACAUGGAUGAUGUGCUAGUUUGUGCUUCCGACUCGACAUACCUAAAGGCAACACUGGACAAGACUAUUAAGGCUAUCAAAGCUGCAGGGCUCCAGAUAGCAGAAGAGAAGAUCCAAUUCUCAGCACCAUGGAGGUACCUCGGAUUCCUCAUCACGGGAAGGACAGUGACGCCACAGACACUGACCAUCAACAAGGAUCCGAAGACUCUGCGAGACCUUCAGCAGCUGUGCGGAACGAUCACCUGGAUCCGCCCCCUCCUGGGACUGACGACUGAGGAGCUGUCACCUCUCUUCUGUCUGCUUCGAGGCGACGGAGACCUCGCCUCACCACGCGAGCUGACACCUGCCGCGCGGGAAGCCCUGCAACGGGUUGCUGUUGCUCUGAAGUCUCGCCAGGCACACCGCGUGGUCCGGACCCUUCCCGUGAACUUCGCGGUGUUGGAGAGCAACCUUAUCAUAUCAUGCACGUAA